AUGGCUAAGUCAAGAGUCGCACCCUUAAAAGAACUUACUAUUCCCCGUCUAGAACUUAUGGCCUGUCUUUUGGGCGUGCGUCUUUCCAAAUAUGUGACAGAAGCUCUUACAUUGGAUGACAUCCCGAAAUAUUUUUUGGACCGAUUCCACCACGGCCAUAUCUUGGAUUCAAAAGAAAUGAUGCGUGGGGGACUUUGUGGGCAAUCGCGUGAAGGAAAUUUGCACGUUUUCACUAAAGCAAAUCAGUGGUCAUAUGUACCGGGUCAUUCUAACCCAGCUGAUUUACCUUCUCGUGGUUGUUCCCCUCUUCAGUUUUUCCGAAUUAAAUUGGUGGAGAGGGCCUGUUUGGCUCAAAGACCUAGAGAUAGUUGGCCAAAAUUAGAAGGUUAA